GCUUCGCGGCGGGCAUCAGCGGAGAUAAAAGCAUCAGUCAUGUGACAGCCGUGACAGACUCGGGUAUUUACUUGUUGAACAACUGGAUUCUCCUAUCUGCAGUCACCUGACUAUAGUGUCCCUUGCUGUUGCAGAUUGUGAAGGCUCAAGACAAGACACCUUAGCCACUGACACCAUGAACGUUAAAGCAGGAAAACCCACUGGGCUGGUUGCUGCCACCUUCACUCCUCUCUCUGAACAGGGUGAGAUAAACUUGUCCCAGAUCAAGCCCUAUGUUGCGUAUCUGAUCGAGAAACAAAGUGUUAAACGUGUCUUUGUAAAUGGUACUACAGGGGAGGGGAUGUCUCUCAGUGUGAAAGAGAGAAAGGCUCUGGCGGAGGAGUGGUGUCACCAGGGCAACAACAGGUUGGAGCAGGUGAUAGUACACGUGGGUUGUAUGAGUCUAAAAGAUUCGCAGGAACUGGCUCGCCAUGCUGUUACCACUGGGGCACAUGGGAUAGCUGUCAUCUCUCCAUCCUUCCUCAAACCCUCCAGUGUAGAUUCUCUGAAGCUGUACCUAAAGGAAGUAGCGAUGGCGGCCCCCUCUUUGCCGUUCUAUUACUACCACCUCCCUGCUGUCACCGGAGUCAACCUGGCGGCCAGAGAUGUGCUGGAGGGGAUAGAGAAGCAGAUUCCCUCCUUCAGGGGGGUGAAGUUCAGUGGUACUGACUUGCUGGACCUGGGGUUGUGUGUGAGCUACUGUCCUGCCCACUGGUCAGUGCUGUACGGGGUGGAUGAGCAACUGCUGGGAGGUCUGGCCAUGGGUGCCUGUGGAGCCGUGGGCAGCACGUACAAUUACAUAGGCUUGAUUAACAACAAGAUGCUGGCUUUGUUUGAAGGAGGUGACCUUACCACAGCCAGGGAGAUAGAGGAGCUUGCUGACAUGAUUAAAACAGGAGUGGUGUUUUAUGAUGCUGGUUUCUCCCUACAGUUCAAGAUCCAGGCUGUCAUGUCUGACCUCUUCAAGCUAGGUUUCGACCUGCCCAUGAACAAGCAGCUGAUGAGUGAGGUGUCAGGUAUUAACUUGGGCCCCCCCCGCCUGCCCCUCCAACCCUGCGACCCCCUCCCCAUCGCCACCAGCGCUCUCUCCCUGCAGCGGCUCCACCACAUCCUGGACAGCUCAUCGGGGCAGAAGUCAUAGGUCACCGUUCUUGGAGGGGGGGGUGUCAGCCCAGUGAUCUGCAGUCAAACACUUGAUCAAGAGAUCCCCAUGUGUCGAUUUGCAUCUGCUAAAUGAAUGCAUUGCAUUAUUAUUUUCAAUAUGGUGCCUUUAGGUUUCACUAGAGUGGUAAGAUCAGCUGUAAGAAUGAAAUUAAUGCAGUACAGUACAUUCCUGUGGGCCAGUCCUGAUGUUGGGGUUAAUAUAGAAAUGUGCUCCACACUCCGUCAGUUUACUUGUCCAUGUGUCGACUCCAGAUCGCUAUGGAAACGGGUUCUGACUUCCUUAUUCCUGUCAAGCAGUAAUAACACAGAGACAAAA